AUGCCAAAGGCCAGAAGCGCGUCGCUGGCGGCGGCGGCAGCAAAGGGGGCUGUGAGCGGCUGGCAGUUUCUCCCGCCCGACCGCAGCGACAAAUUGUUCUGGUUGGCGCUCAAUGACUACCUUGCACCGUCCAGGCAGGCAGAGUUUCCACUUGCACGCGAGGAGUUUCGUGACUCGACGCUCUCUGGGCUCACCGCGCCGGGGCAGACCACGCUCCUGGACGAGGACGUCGUAAAGGCGGCGAAUGAGGUGCGCGGCUACUACGACAGCGUCUCGCUGUGGAAUCCGCUUUCCCUGGCGCAUCAUCUCGGGAUGGGGCUCGCCAUGGUCAUUGAGCAGUUGCUGCUGGCGAAGGAGUACGGGUUAGUAUCCAUGGUUUUUGUUGUCUUGUGUCGGUCGUGCGGGUGUGACAUGCUGCGUGCGGAGGCCGUGCGUGAGAUCUGCUUCCGCGCCACGUACCACCAAACAAAUGUUCUCCGCUGCCCAAUGUGUACCGACUGCAAGGAGGUAACGGAUUUGGAGGAUGUGGGGGUUUUCUUUCAAGAUCGCCUCCCAGCCGAUCUCCUGCGGCGGAAGUACCACCGCCUCUUCUACAGUGACGAGGCGAAUCGACGAAGGCUGGAGACAUACUUUUGUCCGCCAGGUGCCGCCUUUGCCUUUCGUAUGUGCCUUCCUGAGGGCAGCUACCUGAUUAUAGCGCCGGGAGUGGGCCUUAUUGUAGAGCUUCAGGUUGAGGCCGCCGCCGACUUUAUGGGGGGACAUUCACCCUAUCACGUGGUUAACCUCACACUUGAUAAAUUACUGGCGGACGAUGCUGCGAGUGCAGAACGGAGUGUGAAGGGGCGCCGUCUGAUACGCGCCAAGCACGGUAAACUUCUCUGCCGUGUGUUUAACGGCACACCAUACGGGAGCUAUUUGGACAUCUUCGUGGCCUUCGAUGAGCGUCUCGAGCUACUGGCCCCGCAGACUCCGCUUGUAACGACUGUCCCUAUGGUGCUGCAUAAUUCCGCGCGAGGCCUACGAUCCCCGCUGUUUAAUUUUUUUAUCCCAAGGCCCCCCGGCACCCGCACCUCCGGCGCCUACGUCUUGCACUCCUUCGCUCUCUCCGCUGAUGAGUUUGAUGAACCCAUCACUUCGGGCACGGACUCGGUCCUUGCCGUCAUUCGUGAGGUGCAUCGCUACUCCCUGGAAGACCACCAUGGCCUCUUGCUCUCUGUGGGGCGUGGCGGUAGCGUGUUUGAGUCCUCAUUUCUUUCCGUGACGGCAGCGCUGGCAUCCUCGCUUUGUCUUGCGCAGCGCGUUGUAUCACGCCUUGGCGCCAAUGUGGCUGCCACCCUGACGUGCAUUAUCGUACAAGGGACGAUGUACAUGGCCUCCUUUCAGGGGCAAUACGACGACGAUGCAAACGUGCGCUCCUCAUAUCCCGACGUGGAUAUCGUGGGGCCGGCGGUGUACGCGGCGAUGCACCCGCCCGUUGCCCCGAGGGAGGCGAAGGGCGACGCGGGCUCCGUCCAGCCUGCGGACGGCUUUCUGCGGAUUGAGCUCCGGUCUGCCUUGGAGCAGCAGGCGGGCGUGUGUCUUGACCCUGCCGCUGCGGACGCGAUGUUUCCCUUUCUUCUCUCCUACCUUGGGGAUCAGCUCGACUCUUUCCGGGUUUUCACUGAGCCUCAGGCACGGGUAGUGGUGGUGCCGUUCUCGACGCUGAAUGCAACACUGAUGUUGCCCUCCCUGCUAGACCCCGCCAUGUACACAAAGGAGUUGUGCGGCCCCUUCGCCUGA